AUGGAGCAAAUCACAUCUGGUGAAUGGGGCACCAUUGUGUCGAUCCCAGUGACCUUUAUCUGUGCUGGGAAUCGGCGCAAGGAGCAGAACCUCACCAAGAAGACGGUCGGAUUCGAUUGGGGAGCCGGAGCCGUUGGAAACUCCGUGUGGACAGGAGUCCGCCUGUGCGACUUGUUGGCAGCGGUUGGCAUCACACGGCCCUCGAAAGAGCAUCGCUUCGUCCAUUUCGAAGGUCCUCUGGGUGAGUUGCCUCAAGGGAAAACGGGAUCCUAUGGCACUUCCAUUGAUUUGGGCUGGGCGCUUGACAGGGAGCGAGAUGUGCUGCUUGCUUUCAAGCAAAAUGGAGAGCCGCUUACCCCGGACCAUGGCUUUCCUCUGCGAACGCUGUUGCCGGGUUGCAUCGGUGGCCGGAUGAUCAAAUGGCUCUCGAGCAU